GCCUUCUUUACACAUUGAGAACGCCUAAUGCUUUGAAUCAACGCGUGUGCGCAAACUACUGUGGCCUUUGUACUCAUAGUUCCCAACAAAAAUGGCUAUAAUUCUACGUCGGCGAAACCUCACGCGAAUUUUCUGGAUCGCCUCUCUCGCCGUCCUUGCACGCCUACUCUUCUUUUCUCCUGCAAAGUCUGUCUCACCAGAAAUUCGACGACAAGGUGUACUUGAUCUUGUUGCGAGAUCGGAUAGGUUGGACGUACAGAAGUAUGACUUCUUGCAAGUUCGGAUAGGGAGGGACGAGAGGCCGGAUUUGUUUAGUGAUUUUAUUCAGGAUGGGUUGGAGGAUUUUUGGAAGAGGUUUGAGAAGCCUUAUAUUACGGAUAAGAUGACUUCACAUAUAGACCAGCAGAGUGUGAUGUCUGCUAUCGAGCAACUAUUAACGCUAAACGGUUGGGUCGCAGCGCUCUGUCCGACCCUAUCCCGUCCUUUCGGACAAAGUGAUAACCCAUACGACGAAGUCGUUCGAGAGAACCAUCUAUACUUCGUUGGGAUGGUCAUCCACUCGGCAGAUCAUUUCGUCGUGGACCAAUUGGCUGUUAUCGUUCAAAUGGCUCGGAGGUUAGGUUCGCAGAAUAUUUUUGUGUCGAUGUUGGAUUAUGAUUCGCAAGAUUCGACGGAGACGUUGCUGGAUUUAUGUGAAGCUGUUCUGACGUUACUUGGUGUACCGUUCCGAAUUCGUAAAGUCCCGCCUAUGACUGACGACCCGUCUGCGGCGUAUUACCCCCUGGAAGAAGCACAUACGCGGAAUCUCGUUCUGGAGCCGUUAUAUGAGCUUUAUAAUAAGCGGAAAGUCAAGUUUCAUAGGGUAAUUUGGUUGAAGGGAUUUACGUGCCCGAAUGAUAUCUUCGAGACGCUCGUUGUGAGUCGGGAGAACGACGCAGCGAUGGUUUGCGGGAUGGAUUGGGCGGAACAUAAUGGGUUCUUCAUUUUCUCCGACCGAUGGCGGACACGAGAUAUCAACGGUGACCAAUUCCGUCAAUCAAAAUCCUCCAGCGCAGCAAGUGCAGGUCCACCAAGGGAUCCAGCAGGAGCAGCACGUUACGCACAACACCUCCCCUUCCAAGUAUUCUGUUGUGAGAGCGGGACGCACGUUGUUGACCCGGCGCAGACAUAUUAUACUGGGUUGAGGUAUAGGUCGGGAACGGAGAUUGCGAAUUUGAGUACGGCGGAAGCUGCGCCGAGGAGAGCGCCUGAUUCGCCGUGUUUGGAUUCGAGUCAAGCGUAUUUUUGUAGGGAUUUGUGGUUGAGUGCUGCGAGGGAUGGUGUACGUGAAGUUCAACAGCGAGCAGGAUCGUCGACUAGGGGUGGUGGUGGACUUGGGUUUGGAGGGUUUAAGUUUGGGUGGGGGGCGAAGACGACUGAACCCCCCGUCGAUGCUGAGGAGAAAGUGAGACGACACCCGAAACGGAAUGAAAUCCCUGCGUUCGACCGUAAACAGGUCAAGCGCAAUGUUGAAAACGUCAACGAACCUCCAAAACAUGUAGACGAAGCACCACUCAAGGACGUAAAUGCUAAACGAGACACAGACGACGUACAUGAACGUCACAAGCGUGCAGAAGGGGACGGCGCUGCUGCUGGUGCUGCUGGUGGUGGAGCUGGAGGCGGCGGACAUGCACAACGAGUCCGUCCAGUCGUAGGCGACGCCGACGCAAACGUCGGUUCUGACUUUGACGCCAUGCCAGAUUCAGAACUCGAAGGCGACGACCAAGAAGACCAACUCUCACCACCACCACCAGAUUCCGAUACCUACCCUGACAGCUUCUCCAUACCAAACAACGUCUUCCGUCCCGCCCGGAUCUUAAUUAACCCGCGAUGCGUGACGACUUAUGCAGGAGUGAGUCAUGCACAACUUGCGCUGGAUUUGUUUGGUAUGAUGGAUGAGGAGGGGGAGGUGGGGUCGGCGGCGGCGCAGGUGGGAGGGAUGGGAGGAGGACCGAACUCGAAGGAGAAGUAUGUACUUGAGGAUUGGGAGGGUGCGCCUGAGAGUUUUGUUUGUCAGGAACAACGGGGUACUGGUGGACGAAAAGCACCUAAGACACAACGUCGGUUGGGGUUCUCGAUACAUGCUGAAUUGGAUCGUGCGGAGAACGAGGUUACAUAGACCCUUUAAGCUAUAAUACGACCUCUCUUAGAUAUCUUAUUACACUUCGUGUUUGCCUGUAUCAUUCGUUGC